CGGGAACCGAUCACCAGUUUGGCUUUUUGGCAGUCCUUACACCAAUUCACCCACCCGGGCAUUCCCCUGACAAAAUGCUUGUAAUGUUGCUUCUGCAAUUGUCCAAUAUCGUAGCGGCACUCCAGCUUCAUUCACUCACCCACGCGACUUGGGGGCCGCCGAGUCUUAUUGGACAAGUCUUGCAACUCACACCGAGCUGAACUCGGCUUUGUCACCGGCCAUGGCGAAUUGCGUGAUUGAUCGUGCCCCGCACGCAAGUAUCGAACCGCGCAUUAAUUAAAUCGUAGUAUUGAACAUCAUUACUCGUGUAUUAUCCAAAGAAACCCACUCGGCACUAUAAUGGACUCAGUCGAAGUUGUCACACUCGACUCGCCGUUCUUGAACCUGGCUGCCCUCUAUGAGGUCGACCCAGACGCCGACGUGCUACUUACCGUACCACCGCCCAACCAGGUGUUCGCACCAUGGAAUGAGCCACCUCAGAAGGAUGAUGGAGUCAACCGCGGGAACAUCAACAGCCCAGGAACCGCGGCGGCAGCGCCCCUCUCCCGACCAGGUCUGCGCAUCAAGGUCUCCUCGAGGCAUCUGGAACUGGCAUCCCGCGUAUUCAGGAACAAGCUACAGUUCGGCGGGUCAAAAGCUGCGCGGCAGUCGGAUGGCCGGGUGCAUCUGAAGCUAGCGGAGCAAUUCGACCCCCAGGCCGUGUGCAUCGUCAUGGACGCCAUCCACGGCCGAGGCUCCAAGGUGCCUAAGUCGGUAGACGUUGAGACGUUGGCGCAGGUCGCCCUGCUCGUCGAUCGCUUCCACGUGUUUGACGCAGUGGAGGUGUAUGCAGAGCGGUGGAUCUCCAAACUAGAGGACACGAUCCCCCGGGCAUACAACCGCGACCUGGUUCUCUGGCUUUACAUCAGCUAUGUCUUCCGUCACUCAGGCAUCUUCAAGGUUGUGACGAAGCUGGCGGCCGCGCAAAGCCCAGGCCCCAUCAAAACCCUCGGUCUCCCGAUUAGAGAAAAGAUCAUCAAACACAUCGACGAACAGCGCCAGACCCUCCUCGCCCAAGCGAUCACCAUCCUCCACCAAACCCUCGACGACCUCUCCUCCAACAGCGUCCCCUGCGCCGCCCAGAACUGUGACGCCCUCCUCCUCGGCGAGCUGAUCAAGGCCUUGCAGAAGCAGCGUCUCCUGCCUGUCGUAUGGCCAUCAUUACCACCACCACCAUCAGGGAAAGAUAAACCUUCCUUCUUCUUCCCCGGGGUAAGCUUUGCCGUGCUCGUCGACGCGGUACGCGACGGGAUACGUCUGAUCUAUGAGGAGCCACAUGGUUUGGGGCCGUGUGAAAAGAAGAAGAAAGGAAGCGACAAUGAAAAUGUGGCUGCCCCGUCUCAUCAGUUGAAUGUGUUGGGCAUCUCGAGCGAGAGGUUGCCUGCCACGCCGGCCGCGUCUCCUGAGCCGGUGGAAGUAGAUCGGUUUCCCCCCCCUCUGGCGCACGAGUGUGAUGCGAGGACGGCGGUUUGGCGUUUGGAUGGCUUGAAGGAUUUAGGGGAGGGGGUGCAGGGGUUGGUGUUGGUGAGCGGGUUGGGAUAUCGCUUGUAUUAGGCCGGGUGAGGUCGGUGUGCUGAGCUGAUCUCAAGACUCUGCUGGCAUUGAAGGCCACGGAAAUACCUCUCGACGGCGCUUGCGGAUGGAUUGGAGAGCCUUCGCGUAACGGGAGAGCCGAGCCAUGCGGCUAAGCUUAGGCUCAGGAAGGUAAUCUUGCUCUCGGAUUUUCAUACCACGUCACUGAGUUGUGAGAAACAAGGAAGGGCAGAGAGUGCCUAGGGGGUUGAUUAUGUAUGGUAGUAGCGGCAGCCUUUCCUCGGUGCCAAUCUCUAAUCCUGAACGUGGCGUUUCUGUUCAAACAUCGCAUAUUAAGGACGCCGAGAACUGGGCAAGCAGCAACUUGAGUCGAAUACGUCCUACAUCACAGUCACUGUCACGCGGGCACGACAGUCUAGAGUACUAGUGUUGAGGAAGGAACGAUAACAGGUCCUUAGAGUCUCGGAAGACGGAUACUAGUAGUUGAUGCUAAUAAACAUAUAUGGUUG